AUGGCGCCCGCCGCCGACUACUACGCGCUCGGGGACGACGCCUCCGACGCCGACGCCGACGCCGCGGCCGAGCUCGCCGGCGACGCGCUCGGCAACGACACGUUCGUCAACGACACCGAAGUCCUGGUCAAGGCGCCGCUCUUCCCGCGCGACCUCUUCUCGCUGGAGCAGCGGCGGCGCGGCGCCGUCGUGCUGCACCUGCUCGGCGUCAUCUACAUGUUCGUCGCGCUCGCCAUCGUCUGCGACGAGUUCUUCGUGCCGGCGCUCGACGUCAUCAUCGAGAAGCUGGACAUCCAGGACGACGUGGCGGGCGCCACCUUCAUGGCGGCGGGCGGCUCCGCGCCCGAGCUCUUCACCAGCGUCAUCGGCGUCUUCGUGUCCUUCGACGACGUCGGCAUCGGCACCAUCGUCGGCUCGGCCGUCUUCAACAUCCUGUUCGUGAUCGGCAUGUGCGCCAUCUUCAGCCGCACCGUGCUGACGCUGACGUGGUGGCCGCUGUUCCGCGACUGCACCUUCUACUCGGCCAGCCUCAUCACGCUGAUCCUCUUCUUCCGCGACAGCUACAUCCACUGGUACGAGGCGCUCAUCCUCUUCUGCUUCUACCUCUGCUACGUGUCCUUCAUGAAGUGGAACCAGCCCGUGGAGCGCUUCGUCAAGAAGCACCUGUACAAGAACCGGGUGACCCGCGUCCGCAGCACCGACCAGCUCAUGCCAUCGCACCAGAGCGCAGCACAGACGCUGCACGCGAGCAACGCGGCCACGUCGAGCCAGACGAGCGUGGGCGGCGGCUCGGGCGCGGGCGGGUCGGCGGGCAGCGCGGCGGGGGCGGCGGGGGCGGCGCCGGGCGUGGCGGGGGCGGUCACCGGGCCCGGGCUCGUCGUGGGCCGGCCCGUCGCCUCCUCCUCGUCCGGCCACCAUCACCACCACCACCAUCACCACUCGGGCACCAAGUUCCGGCACGGGCUGCUGCAGCUCAUGAUCCACACAAUCGACCCGCUGCACGACGGCAAGGUGGACGAGAAGGCGACGCAGCUGCACGCGAUCGCGUCGCUCAAGGUGCUGCUGGACGCGCAGCGGAGCAGCAACGGCGCGGCCACGUCCACGGCGGCCAACCACGUGGCGGCGCAGCAACAGCAGCAGCUGCUCCAGCAGCAGCAGCAACAGCAGCAGCAGCAGCAGCAGCAGCAGCAGCAACAGCAGCUGCUCGACAAGGACGCGGAGACGCGGCUGCAGGACCAGCCGAAUGGCGUCGCCGCGGGCAUCGACGACCAGGCCGUCGACACGAUGGUAGAUGAGGAUGAAGAAGAAGCGAAUGAAGCACUGGAUAUGUCGUGGCCAAACACAGCACGUAAACGGGUCACUUACCUACUUGUGGCACCCAUUGUCUUCCCUCUAUGGGUCACCUUGCCUGACGCACGAACUCCAAGAGGCAAGAAGUUCUUCGUCGUCACUUUCCUUGGCAGCAUUGUUUGGAUUGCUGCCUUUUCAUAUCUCAUGGUAUGGUGGGCAAAUGUUGCUGGGGACACCAUAAGCAUACCGCCAGAGGUGAUGGGGCUCACAUUCCUUGCAGCUGGAACUUCCAUCCCAGAUCUAAUAACAAGUGUCAUUGUAGCACGGAAAGGUUUUGGUGAUAUGGCUGUAUCUUCAUCAGUUGGCAGCAACAUAUUUGAUGUAACUGUUGGGUUACCAGUGCCUUGGCUGCUGUUUGGAAUCAUAUAUGGAAGGCCUGUAGAGGUGAACAGUGUUGGGAUGGUGUGCUCAAUCACCAUUCUUUUCAUGAUGCUGGUGUUUGUCAUAAUCUCUAUUGCUUGCUUCCGGUGGAAAAUGAACAAAGGACUUGGUUUCACAAUGUUUCUGCUCUAUUUUGUCUUUGUGGCUGUCUCAUUAAUGUUUGAAUAUAAAUUCUUAUCUUGUCCUGUCUAGUGAUUUGAAAAUGAGCCGAAAGAGAAGAGCACAAUAUUUUUUUACAGUCCGGAGAGAUGCUUGUUGGGUUGUGAGCUUGGGCAGGCCCCAGUGCUCCUGUUUGUUGCAUAAUGAAAUCUAGAAUAAUGUUAUAUAGAGUUAAAUAUACAGACUGUAGAUAUUCAGUUAAAGAGAAGUUUUAUAACAGCUGAAAGACAGUUUGCUUUUCAAAUAAUAAAUAUGUCCAUGACCGAAAUUAUUGAGUGAAUAAGUGAAACUUACUGAGAAAACAUUUCUUUCACAGACUGCAAAAAUGCCAAUAUUACUUGGCUUGCAGCUAUGAGAGUGGAAUAAAAGUUUGUUGUAGCUAUAUAUUUGUACCAUAGAUAAAUUUGUAUGAAACUUCACAUAAACUCUGGAUAAAAUGUUAACAGCAUAGCUGUUAGUCAUUUAGAGGCCAUAAAUGAAAAACACAUGGUUACCAUUCUCACACACUAGUCCAUUUUCAAACAGCUAAGUAAAUUAGAUGAUAGGUAAUUUUUCAUAUGCUGUUAAUAAUAUAAUAAGGCUCAUGUGUCAUAUUGUUGAAGCUCAGUAAUCACUGCAGAUGAAAUAUAACUGCUAUAUAUUUACAAUAAUUAAGGUGUCCAGGGACAAAUAUAUUUUGUGUAUGAAUCUCAUACACCACUAAUAUAUCAGGUGGAAGUCUGUUUCAUAAGAACUAAAAAUAGGAUAAUCUCACAGUGCAUUUAUUAUGUUCCUUAAACUUGAAGGUGAGUGAAAGCUGUGUUUAUUUUUGUUUAAGAUCUAUAGUUUGUCAUGAAAGUUGUAGAGAUUUAAUGUACAUAGUGAUUGAUGGUCCUCAUUUGGGCUGCCUGAAUAGUUAUUGUUGAAAAUUUUUAUAUAAAUAAAAACUUGGUUUAUAGUACCAGAGAUGAAACAGAAUGUACUAAAAAGUGUAUUAUAACAAAUAUUUUUCAUAGUUAUGGUGUGCAUAUCAGUUCAUUUGAUGUGUUAUCUCUAUACAGCACAGGUCAUUCAGAUGAUCUGUAACUUCUUUAAGCUGCAUUAAUCUUCAAAUUUCCAGUGUUAAGACACAUUAUUUCAUGCCUGCCAAGAGAUAUCUCAUCUACAUGGCAGUGUGGGAUGUAGACUGCCAGGAUUUGAAAUCAAGUAUAACUUCCUUAAAAACUUAAUUUAUAAGAUUGCUUUCAGUAUGUCUUCAGCUAUUAAAUUUGCAUCUUUUUAUUAAAUUUCGUUUGAACCAACUUGCUGUUAAAUAUGCUAUCUAAAGAAUGCCAUGACAUUAGCUCAUCAACUAACAGUACACAUUAUUAUUUGAUGUGUUGACUCUUAUACAAUGCUCACAAAGAAUAGCUGUGAUACAGGAUAAAUUUUGAAAAGAAAGCUUUUUUUUAAUAAAUCAUAAAAGUUAUUCCUUCAUGUUACAGAGUUAAUGACUGUCACAAUAUCACUUACUACUUUUCUCUCUAACCUCUGUUACACAUACCGUCAGCUUUUGUGACAUAAUUACUGAAAACAAUUUGCCAGAUGAAAUGACUAAAAGUUUUUACAUAUUAGUUACUGCAAUUGUCAGUCCAGCCACGUCCUUGUGUUGCACGAAUCAGUAAAAUCCCAUCUUAGCACACAUAUUUCUACUGAAGAUGCACAUAUUUCUGCAGGUUUACAAGGUCCAAUUCACAUAAUUCUAUUUUAUAGAUUAACACCAGAUUUUGUAGCCUCGGUAACUUACUUAUUCCAAACAUUAUAAGUAACCAACAGUGCACUAUCUACAGAUCACUACUUUUACACAUUUUUGAUAGAUAAAAUUAUGCAAAUAUAAUUUCACAUUACAGAAUUAAUGUUCUAAAGAAGAUCAGUGGAUGCUAUAGAAAAAUUGCACAACUAUAAAAUGAUCAUGAGUGAAUGAAUAUUAAGAAUCUGUUAGAAUAUAUGUAGUUAACAACUAAAUUUUGUAGAAUGCAUUUGAGUGAAUGAGUGUUAAUAUUUUCUUGAUUAAUAUAGUCCUCAAAAUCAGAUAUAUCUAUUGCAAUCCUGCUACGUGCUUCUAUAGAAUUUAUUUUUGUCUCUGCUCCAGCUACACCAGACAUAAAUACACUGUAAUAUGUACCAAAAAAACUAAAUCCUAUGGCAUUAAUUGUAAGAACAAUACAUACACAACCCUCAAAAGCAGAUGCAUGCAGUGUAGCACAAUCCCUCUCCUCUGUGCUGUCCUCAUUUAGUUUCAUUCCAAAUACUAUUCAUCUAAAAGUUAAGAAAUUUAAAGGCAAAAACCAAAUAUGUAAAGUGACGUUAUAUAAGGAAAAAAGCAUUUAUUUACUAAUCACUGAGACAAAAGCAACCAUAUCAGUGGCGAGUGACAAACACAGAAAAUAUAUUUUUCCCUUGUUAGUUCCUUCAUGAGGAAGAGAAACAGUCUGAAAAAUUAUGAUUAAAAAAAAUUAAUCAAGGAAUAAAGGGCAAGUCACUACAAAGCAGGCAUCAGGGCAACUAAAGCAACCAGUAAGAGAAUAGAACUAUCAACAACUUUAAUUGUUGAGGCUCCAAAUUCAGACAAACAACAGUGAGUCAGACAUAAUAAACAGAUCGUUGUGAGAGCUAAAACCUGGAACAGAAUUACAGGUUAUGGAAAGAAACAAGAGAUAUUCAAUAAGUAUGAGAGACAAAAGGAAAGAAGCAUGAGGAGGGAAUGGGGAGGAGAAUGAUGGGAUGGUGUGCACCAAAAAAUUUCAAGUACUUAAGUCUGUCAUUCAUCUGAGCUUUGUUUAGUCCAGUCUCUUCUCCUUCCCCUCUGCUUUUCCAAGUUUCUGACUUAUUUUUACUUCUUGUUCUGUUGCUUAUAGUGUCCACUUUCGUAUAUGUCCAUACCUCCACAAUAUUUUUUUUCCUUUCUAACUCUUUUUUUCUGUUAUUCAUUCUCACUUUUUUGUGAUUCAUAUUUUGUCUCCAUCCUCACCCUGUGAUAUCAUUCUGGUCUUAAACUACCAUGUUUUUUUUCUACUACUCAUAAUCUGGUUGACUAUGACUCAUUUGCAAUCGAAAUUUUAAUUUUUCUAUCCAGUAGUACCUAAAAUUUCAUAGGCAGAUACUUUUACCACCACUGGCAUGAAAUAUGGAACAUCUUUCCAUUUCUCCCUUAUCUAUAGUGUUUUACUUUGUAUUCUACUAUCUCUUGUCUACUUCUUGUCCCAGUAGAGGAGCCUCAACAAUAACAAAAUUAAAAUUAAAUAAAAGGUUCUGAAAGCUUUAGGUUUAAUAUGUAAUUUAUCUGCUUGUUUGUCAGUCAACCCUGGUAUACGUUCUCCUGUCCCACUGACUGGUAAGUAAAUACUUUUUUCUGUCCCAGAAAGUGUGCAGUAAAACAGUUUCAUUUAUUAUAUGUAACACAUGCAGAUUUGUAAGUUUGUAGCACUGAAGUUGGCAGUUUGAUAGAAACUACAUUACUGUAAAAUGGAAAAGAUUCUGCAGAAUGUCACUCAAAUGUUAUUAUGAAAUCCUUGGUGAAUUAAUGAAUUCUUUAACCCAAAAUAUUACUACUUCAGGGCGAAGCCAACAAACGUCAUUCAUUAUGAGCUUUUUAAGAGGUCUGAUCUUCUCACUACUGAAGUGUUAUUCAUUCUAAGAUAUUUUUCCUUGUGUGCUCAAAAUGUCUUACCGUGAUUUCACACAAAUUCCUGAUAGCAUCAUUUAUUAGUACACUAUUUAAAUUUUAAUUGCUAAUAUUAUAAAUAUUCCAGUUUCCAUAUACCAGUACGUGAAAAGCACCUUAUGACCUUGUAACUUAACUGUAAAUAUUCCAUUUUCCUUAAACCAGUAGGUGAAAAGAGCCUUAUGACCUUGUAAUUUAACUGCACCAAUGUUCAGCUAUAUAUUUGAUAUGUUGUUCUCUAGCAACUGAGAAUUUCAAUGCUUACAAUCAUAAAACAGCAUCUGUUUUACACAGCAAAAUUCACACUCUCACAUGCCAGUGACACCCAAAACAGUGAAACAAAUAAAAAUUCUGAAAUGCGAGAACAUACUGAAUCCAAAAACUUAGCGGUACAGUUGUAAUAGCAAUUCUGUUGUGGUAUAGAACAGAUAAAGGAGUUACUCAUACCAUUGUAAUUACCAGAUUAUGAGGCUAUUCUGUCUAUCUGUGUGUGUGUGUGUGUGUGUGUGUGUGUGUGUGUGU